AUGGCGAGUACGACCACGGGUAUGACUCCAGAGCAGGCUCAGGCUGCGCUCCGCACACUGCUCGAAGGGCCAGCGAUGAGCCCUCCGGCAGGAGUGAUCCCUAAUUUCCACAAUCCACCCAACCUCAACGUGUUUGUCACCUUGACGAUAACUCUUUGCGUCGCUUUCGGUACUCUGGCUGUGCUUUUGCGCAUGUACACUAAGGUGUUUAUUCUUCGAGCGCUAGCAUGGGAAGAUUAUGUCAUCGUCCUAGCAUGGCUGCUUCAGAUUGGGGAGACUAUCCCUUCCGGGAUCGUGACUCGGUAUGGGGGGGGGACCCAUAUGUGGAACGUCCAGCUACAAACCUUUUUCAGGAUGCUUUACUGGAUCAACAUCUCAGCCGUCGUCUACGGCUUUGUGGUCUUCUUCAUCAAACUUUCCAUCCUGCUCCAAUACCUUCGCAUCUUCGCACCCACCAGAAAAGGCAACAUGUUCAUCUAUGUUGGGGUUCACCUCUGCAUCUGGACCAAUUUGGUAUUCUAUCUCACCGAGACCGUGUUUGAAAUCGCUAUAUGUACUCCACGCGAGAAGAUUUGGAACCCGCUGAUGACAACCGGGCAUUGUUUCAGCGUCGACGUGACUUUCCAGGCCACUGGGGUCUUCAACGUCAUCUCCGAUUUCGCAAUACUAAUACUGCCCAUGCCCUGCGUCUGGAGGCUACGGUUACCGCUGAAGAAGAAGAUACUCAUGACGACCAUCUUUGCGACAGGUCUUUUCGCAUGCAUAACCUCCAUCUUACGGACGUACUAUACCUGGAAGAUCGUCCAGUCGCCUGACAUAAGCUAUAACAUGGUCCCCAUGGGCAUGUGGACUUACGCCGAGCUCUCCACCGGGAUCGUCAUCAGCUGCCUCCCAGUCAUACCAAAAUUUUUCCAACAUAUCGGUCCCAAAGUAUCCAGCGCCCUUACACUCAGGUCCAAAUCCACAAAGGAGUCAGGUCACGAAUCGGCAUCCGCGACACCCUCGGACAAAGUCCGAGCCGAAAAGCUCAAGCUACCCAGUUUCAAACACACGUUUGCUUCGGUCGUUUCGAGCACGGAGAAGGAUGAUGACCAUGAGAUGUAUAGCCAACAGUCUCUUCCCAAGGGGGAGUAUGUCCAGCUUCAUGAGGAAACGGCUAUACCGAGGCGCGAUGCUACUAGGGAACUGAUUCGGAUGCCGACGGCGAAACUUGCCGCGACGCGAGAUGAUUUGGAGAGAGGAUAUGGGAGGUUCUAG